CUCAGACGCGGAUCACUGCUUCGAUGUGGCGAGCACUUUGCGCCCGUCUUAACCCGCGAAAAAUUUUGCUGUUUACCAAGUUUUUGCAAACAGUGAAUUGAACUUUAAACUUGAGCUGUACGUGGUCGCGCACUAGGGCAAGACGCCAGUUGGCGGCGGUGCACGCGUCGUCUCGGUCGUAGCAAUUCAUAAUUUUACGUCUAACUUCGACCUACACAGGGUCAGACAUCGCGAUAUAACUGUAAUAACAUUUAUUUAGUGGUCUUGUCUACGGAACGUUUUACCGAAUAUGUGCAAUGAAUAAACAGUGUAGUUUUGCAAAGUGGAAUACACGAUUAAAAAUAACGAGGGGCCUUGAAAAAUAAUAAAUUAAAUUUGAACCUGUUUUCUUUUUAGGAAAACUCAACGGUCAUUGUGGAAAACGGCGAAGAAAUAAUAAAAGUCAAUAACAUGCAAGUACCCAACGGUGUCAGUCAACAAAAAUAUAUGGAUGGGCCGGAUCAGGUGAUCCCAGCUAAUGACUACAUAUCAUGCAGCCCUGGUGGCUACGUGAAGCUGAGGGUAGAACCUCGGGGUUUGGCUGCAGAGCCGCCGAUCUCUGUUCCCGGGCUGUUAAACCGCACGGUUACGAGAUACCCUGACGCUACUGCCUUAGCCACAAAGAAAGCAGACGGAAAAUGGCACAAAAUAACUUACAAACAAUACCAGGAACGUGUUCGAAUCGUUGCAAAAGGAUUUUUGAAACUAGGUCUUGAAAGAUUCCAUUCUGUGGGAAUUCUCGGAUUCAACUCAGAGCAGUGGUUCGUAGCGGACCUCGCUGCUAUACACGCCGGAGGGUACGCUGCUGGCAUAUACACUACCAACUCGGCGGACGCGUGCUACCAUUGCCUGGAGUCGUCUAGAGCCAACAUCUGCGUGGUCCAGGACAAGAAGCAGCUAGACAAAAUCUUAUCAGUGCGGAACAAAUUAGCAAAUCUCAAAGCGAUUGUACAAUGGGAGGGCCCCGUCGACAUCUCUGUGCCUGGAGUUUACAGUUGGGAGCAGGUCGUGGAAAUGGGUAAGAAGGAACCCGAUACAGAGCUCAACAACAUCCUUAAAGGUCUUGCAGUUAAUGAAUGUUGUACGCUAGUCUACACCUCCGGCACGGUGGGCCCGCCGAAAGCUGUCAUGCUGUCGCAUGACAACCUCACGUGGGACGCGUUCUCGAUCGGCGAGCGUUGUCGCGAUCUGCAGCCGACUCGCGAUCGACUGGUCUCCUUUUUACCGCUCAGCCACGUGGCGGCGCAGGUUGUAGAUAUUUACACCACUCUAUCAAACGCAGUGCCAGUUUUCUUCGCGCAGCCCGACGCGCUGAAGGGAAGUCUUGUAGAAACACUCAAAGAAGUGCGACCGACAAGAUUCUUAGGCGUACCUCGUGUUUGGGAGAAAAUGUAUGAAAAAAUUAUGGCGGUGGGAGCCCAAAGUGGUCCCUUGAAACGCCAAAUCGCACUGUGGGCUAAGGAAAAGGGAAUGAAGUAUCAUUUAGCAAGAAUUAAUGGCGCGUUAUCGGCCGGGAUGUAUGGCCUUCCGAUUGAUUUCACAAGUCUCGAAAUGAUGUGGUUCUGGCUGGAAGGGUCAUCGCUGGGCUAUAAGAUGGCGAAGUCGUUGGUGUUCGACAAGGUGCACGACUCGCUGGGGCUGGACCAGUGCAAGACAUUCGUGACAGCCGCCGCGCCGCUGUCGCCCGAUGUCAAGAAGUUCUUCUUGUCGCUGGAUAUUCCGAUCGUGGACGCAUUCGGCAUGAGCGAGGCAGCUGGUGCACACACGCUUAGUAUAUACCCCAAGUUUUCUCUAGACUCGGCGGGAGAACUUUUAGAAGGAACUGAAACUAAAUUCGGUAACUCAGUGAGUCCAAACGGCCCCGGUGAGAUUAUGAUGCGCGGGCGCCAUGUGUUCAUGGGCUAUCUCAAUGACAUAGAGAAGACGCGCGCUACCAUCGACGAGGAGGGCUGGCUGCACUCGGGAGACAUCGGCAGAACCGAUAGCAACAAUUUGCUUUACAUUACUGGAAGGAUAAAGGAGCUAAUCAUCACAGCGGGCGGUGAGAACGUAGCGCCGGUUAUCAUCGAGCAGGCGGUCCAAGCUGAACUAUUGCAUGUCGGGUUCGCUGUGCUUAUCGGCGACCGACGCAAAUUCCUCUCCAUCCUCCUCACUCUUAAGUGCAAAGUGAACUCCGAGACGGGAGAGCCUAUGGAUGAGUUAGAGACAGACACCAAGAGAUGGGUGGCGAGCCUCGGCAGCAACGCCACCACCAUCAGCCAAAUAACCAGAACGAAGGACGAGGCCGUGUACAAGGCGAUAGAGGCGGGCAUUGCGCGCGCCAACAAGCAAGCCAUCUCGAAUGCGCAAAAAAUUCAGAAGUUCGCCGUCCUGCCCGUCGACUUCUCCGUCUCCACUGGCGAAUUAGGUCCAACGCUCAAGAUCAAGAGAAACGUGGUUUACGAGAAAUACAAAGACAUCAUAGAAGACUUUUACAAAGAAUGAUUUACCACGUAGUUCCACUGGUUAGGGAAAGGGUUAUUGAUAAUAAAUUAUUAUAAUUUUGUUAUUGCUCAACUAGGGGCUAGCGCGGAUUCAUUGUGAUUGUUAGUACUUUACGAAAAGGUGUAAAUAGAUUAUAUUUUUGUUACAAAAAAAUAUAUUAUUUUAUAAAAAAAA